AUGCUCGCGCGAAGGAUAUCAGUGAAGGAAAUUUCGCAGCACAAUAUUCCUUCAGACUUGUGGAUUGUAGUAAAUGAUACGGUUUACGAUUUAACAGAAUUUGCGCCUGGACACCCUGGAGGUGCAAGUAUAAUCCUGAAAUAUGCCGGCCGCGAUGCUUCAAAAGCUUACUCUGAAUUUCAUGCAUCCUCUCUGAUAUCCUCCUCACUCCCAGCUUCCAAAGUCUUGGGAACAAUUGAUCGUUGUACCAUAACAGACGAGUGGGUCAAACCUCCACCUGAAGUUUCGAAGGCUCUUGCGCCGGGCUCGAGGCCUUCCCUUGAUAAUUUGAUAAAUACGUACGACUUUGUGACUGCGGCAGAAUCAUUUCUUUCGCCGAAAACAUGGGCAUUUUAUUCUUCCGCUGCUACAGAUCUUAUAACCAAAGGCAGGAAUAGUUCGACAUAUGCGGAUAUUGGUCUUCGCCCUAGGAUUUUGAGGAAUGUGAAAAAUGUUAGUACACAGACUACAAUGCUUGGUAAUCAACUGGAUUUGCCAAUAUUUUGCUCACCCGCAGCUAUGGCUAAACUGGUACAUCCAGAAGGAGAACGGGAACUGGCUCGCGGGCUGAAAUCUGCGGGGUCGGCAAUGACCGUCAGCACAAACGCAAGCUUUCCAAUCGCUGAAAUUUUCGAGGCUGUCUCUGAGAAUCAUUCGCAAACUUCAGGUGGGCCGAAAGACCUCCCAAUAUUCUUUCAACUUUACGUUGAUAAGGAAAGACAUAAAUCUGAAAAGCUCUUACAGAAUGUUGAAGCUCUUGGUGUCAAGGCAAUAUUCGUGACAGUUGAUGCCCCAGUUCCCGGGAAGCGAGAAGCAGAUGAAAGAGUAAAGGCAGAUGAGAGCUUGUCUACUCCGAUGAGUGGUGCAAAAGCUAAAAAUGACAAGAAAGGCGGUGCGUUGGGAAGAAUAAUGGGUGCCUAUAUUGAUGCUACGCUUUCAUGGUCAGAUAUCGCAUGGCUACGAAGGUGUACGAAGCUCCCUAUUUUACUGAAGGGUGUACAGACUUCGCUCGAUGCGAAGAUGGCGCUAGACCAUGGAAUAGAUGGAAUUUUGAUAAGUAAUCAUGGUGGUAGAAGCUUAGACACGAGCCCAGCUUCAAUAUUAGUAUUAUUAGAAAUGCAGAAGAAUGCACCGGAAGUUUUCGAUGGAAUGGAAGUUUUCAUUGAUGGUGGAAUUAUGAGAGGAACUGAUAUCUUUAAAGCGUUGUGUUUAGGGGCAAAAGCUGUAGGAAUUGGUAGGGGCUUCCUUUUUGCUCUUGGCUGGGGCCGGGAGGGGGUUGAGAAAUAUAUCGAGAUCCUGAAAGACGAGCUGGAAACAACAAUGAGGAUGAUGGGUGUUACGGACGUCUCACAAGUUCACCCUGGCAUGUUGAAUACAAGGGCAGUAGAUCAUUUGAUUCCGGACGCAGAGGAGGAUCACCCAUAUGCUAAAUGGAGACCCAAAGCAAGAAUAUAA